AUGGCCAACACUUGUUGCGCCACAUUAAAUAUCCCACCAAUUCUUCUUGCCGGUAGUGGUGCUGCUGCUGCUGCCACUACCACUGCCACUUCCACUCCCUGCAAGCCAUACGGCGAGCUUAGCGACGACGAGCCGCUGCUGCUGCUGGUGGUGGACGUGCUGGUGGACGAGCUGCUGAGACUGGGGACCCAGCUGCUGCUGCUGGCACCGGAUCCGGACCCGAAGGUGGAGGAGCUGCGCAGUGGGGACGACGACGACGCCGAAGACGACGACCCGACUGGCGCUGUAACUGGAGCCGGAGCCCGUCCCGAGACCGGCGGUCGUGGACGGGCUGCUGGUCGUGGAGCUCGACGGCAGCAAAGGCACCCAGCCGGACCGGCCCGGUCGAAUCGUCGAGCCGCUGCUGCUGACCCCCCCGAGGCGGUGCUGCUGCUCAGCCGGGACGGCGAGCUGUACGUCCCCGUCCCGGAUCCGAUGCCACGGAACAGGGAGCUGCCUGAUCCGGACGCAGUGCCGGCGCCGAUGCCCGACGAUGUAGCCGCUGCUCGAACCGUAGCUGCUGCUACCAAUGCCGCUGCCGCUGCCGCUGCCGCUGCCGAUGCCGCUGCCGAUGCCGCUGCCGAUGCCGAAGCCGCUACCAAUGCCCGACGACGUUGUACCAGACCCAGAACCAAUGCCGCUAAACAGGCCGCUGCUUGA